AUGAUAAAUGACGCUCAGCACGGAUUCCUUCAUGGUCGCUCGUGUGUCGCCCAGCCUCUGACAACUCUUCAUCGAAUCGGACAACUACUCGACAAUAAUAUCCAGACGGACGUUAUCUUCCUUGAUUUCGCAAAGGCCUUCGAUUCGGUUGAUCAUAACAUUCUCCUAAUGAAACUAAGAAUGUAUGGAAUAUCGGGAAACCUUUACGACUGGUUCAGUAGCUACCUAUGUGGGCAUACACAGCGUAUUGUUGUCCAAGGCGUAGCUUCGGAAUGGUCGCCAGUAACCUCUGGCGUCCCAAAAGGAAACAUUUUAGGUCCCAUGCUUUUCCUUCUGUUCAAUAAUGAUCCCACUGACGCAAUUCCUCAAGCAACAUCAACAGGACUGUACGCUGAUGACGCGAAGCUAUACAGGACUAUAAUGUCUAACGAGGAUAGUGCUUGCCAGACCGCCUUAUCGUGCGCCGGAGUUUGGAGCGUUGAUUCAAACAUCACAUUCAACACCUCUAAGUGCAAAAUAAUGACAAUCUCCCGCCGUAGAAGGCCGCUCAUCGCCAAUUACCAUCUUGGUUCUGUAGGUUUGAAACGCGUGAACAGUGAAGUUGAUCUCGAGAUCACUUUGACAAGUAACCUCUGUUGGAACACGCAUAUAUCGCGGAUUGUUAGAAAGGCCAAUAUAAUGCUGGGUCUACUACGAAGAACAUGUCCCCUCCUAACAGUUUGCAAUGUUCGGCGCACAUUGUAUCUUUCCCUGGUAAAAUCCCAGCUAUGUUACACUGCAGAAGUCUGGUCACCGUCGCAGUAUAAGAACAAAACGCUGUUGGAGAGAGUGCAAAGGUGCGCCACAAGAUGGAUCCUCCAAACUCGGGACCUCACAUAUAGGGAUCGAUUGCAGAUGUUAAAUCUUCUCCCGUUGACAUACGACAGAGAGAUCAAGGAUUUGACAUUUUUCUUUAA